ACAGGGUGGCAAACUUUCUCCCCCACAACGAGCCGCACAAGCUCAAGAACCAACAUGUGUGAUAAAUCCAUCUAUGAUUUUAUGGCAGAAAGCCUUGAUGGCCAAUCUGUACCACUCAGUAAAUACAGGGGUAAGGUGCUUCUGAUUGUCAACCUGGCCACUUUCUGAGGCUCGACAAUAGAGGAGCACCACCGACUGAAUGCACUGAUGGAUAUGUUCGGGGGCCUCCACUUCACUGUUCUAGGGUUCUGCUGUAACCAAUUUGGUCUCCAGUCGCCAGAGGUGAACAGUGAAACACUAAAUAUUCUUAAGUAUGUGCGACCAGGAGGGGGAUUCAUACCCAAGUUCCCUGUGUUUGGGAAGGUAGAGGUGAACGGGUUAGGCGAAGAGCCACUUUUCACCUAUCUCAAGGACUCUUUGCCUUUUGUAAACCCUGUUAUUGGAGACAUAAAGAAAUUCUAUUGGUCACCUAUCAGAGUCAAUGACAUUCGAUGGAAUUUUGAAAGGUUUCUAAUCACUGCAGAUGGUGUGCCAUUCAGACGUUAUGAACUUCACUGUCCUGUUUCAACGGUGGAAAGAGAUAUUGCUGAACUACUUUAGUAGUAAAUGUCUUAAUUUUCCCAAAAUGUGUGUUCAACAUCAGUGGUAGAGUGACGAUCCCUCUGUAAAUGCAGACAUGCACCUGAGCUGGAUCUGAUGGGGAGGGUGAGCCUGACACAGAGAUUUAGUGCAUUCACUCUGAGGACUGCUUCCCGUGGACCAUUGGUGUUGAAUUUGUUUAUCGGCUCUCAAUACAGCCAUGUUGUAAAUCAAACAUCAAUAAGUAUGUGCUAAAAUAUGAAUAAAUAACCUUUAU